AAGCAUAUUUACAAGACAAGCUAAAAAAAUUAGUUUUAACUUUAUUUUGGAAACAGAAAAGUAUCUUAGAACCAAGCGAUUUAGAAACUGAAAAAGAAAAAUUAUAUCAGAAAGGGUUUCUUUCAGCAGAAAGACUAUUGUUAGCAAGAUUAGUCCUUUUGGACACAGUUCAAGAAUCAGAAAUCCCAAAUCAUUUUAUUAAUGAAGAAUUAAAAGUUAAGUUGGUUGAAGACAAUGGCUGGUUAUUUGGUUUUGAGAUUAGAGAAGUCAUUUGUAAAGAGGCUAAAAUUGCAAAGAACAAUAGUAAAGUGGCAGAAAAUAAGUGCAAGAUUGAAACUCAAACUCAAAAUUCAGAACUAGACAGAGGUUCACAAGCCAAAUUUUACUUAAGAACAUAUUAUUGGAGAGGCUCAACCAGGGCAAAGACUCUCAAGAUUCUUAAAAAAUUGGCAGAAAAUAACAAGAGAUCAAUAGUUACUAAAUAUAAUAACAAAAGGUUUGAACUUAGAUUUAAAAUUUCAUCUGAGUCAUAUACAUCACAAAAGAAAGAAAAGAGAAGAUCAUCAACUGAUUAUGAAAGCAAUAGAGGAAUUCAAAUUGAAAAAGUUGAUAGUAGAAGUGAAGAAUACGAAUCUGAUCUCAUGAAAAUUGAAUUUGUUUCAGUUUUAGAUGUGAGAACAUUGAACAAUGCAAUACCAUACAAAUAUUUCAAAAUGACAACUAUUCAGUCCUGUGAACCUGAAAAAAUCUAUCAGAUAUACCAAGUUAGUGAGAGAUCAUUUACAAAAUCUAGAAUUCAUGAUGAACAUGAAGAAAUGCUGAAUGACACCCUCCAGACAACAGAAGUUUUUAGGGUUCAUAAUAGAUACCUAGUCAAUGAAAAUAAAGUUACCAAAAGAGAAAAUAAAGAAGGUACAAAAAGAAAUCAGAUUGUUAUUAAGAUUGAACCUGAUAUCAACAAGGAAACUAGCAUCAGUAAUUGGACUUCUGAAUGCAACAACAGAAGCAGUUUUACUAGCAAGAUUGAAAUAUAA